CACCGGAAUUUCGGGACUUUGAUUCCGAACGGUGUUCGGCGUCUGGUCGUUCACAGGUCUCCCAACUGCGGACAGCACAGCGGAGAAGUAGGCUAGCAUAUUUGUAAAAUGAACCUUGAAGUACCUGGCGAUGAACUUUCUUUAGAGUCUGAAAGAAAUGCAAAGGAAAACCGGAGUCCACCAGGAAAUGUGCCUGAAGUGGGACAGCUUGUCGUUAAUGGCAUUUCUAAUGGCUACCAAGAGAAGCAUUCCAAAAAGGAACACAAGUCUGAACAUAAGGACAAACACAGAGACAAAGAAAGGCACAAAGACAAGCACAAGGAGCAUCGAGACAAAGACAGAGACAAGGAGAAGCAUAGAGACAAAAGUUCAAGUGGAAAGGAUAAAGAAAAACAUAGCAGUAGCAGUAGCAAAGAUAAGGACAGAGACAGGGAUAGAGAGAAGGACAAAGAAAGGGAAAAGGAUAAGGAUAAAGACAGAGAAAGGGACAAGGAUAAAGUGAGAGAGAAGGAAAAAGAGCGAGACAAGGAUAAAGAGAAGAAACACAAAGAUGAAAGAAAGGAUAAGGACAGAGAACAUAAAAGUAGUUCAAGUAAAGACAAGGAACACAAGAGCUCAAGUUCAGAAAAAGAACAUAAAAGUUCCAGUUCCAGCAAAGACAAAGACAAACACAGCAGCAACAGCUCGAGCAAAGAUAAGGACAAGGAUCGGCAUAGUAGUUCUUCUCAUCGCGACAAGGAGAAGGACAGAGAUAAGCACAGUUCCUCCUCUAGCAAGGAUAAAGAAAGGCACAGUAGUUCAAGUAAGGAAAAAGUUAGCUCUAGCUCUGAUAAAAAGCACAGUGACAAGGAGAAACACAGAAGUAAAGAAAAGGACCAAAAGGACAAAGUUAAAAGUAAGGAAGGUGAGCACCACAAAGAAAAGAAAGAAAAAGUUGAAAGGAUAGAACAACAAAUUGAGGUAAAAAUUAAGGAUGAGGUUCCUGAAGAGUCAGCUGAAAUGACUGAUGGCUAUCAAUCGGUCCCAGAAUAUCAGCCUGUUGAAGAUUUUAAAGAGGAACCCGAAUUUGAAGAUGGUGAAGCUAGUGGUGGUGAUGGUGAUGGUAUUACUAAUGAAAACAGCCUGCUUGAAGAGACUUCAAUGAGUAAUAUGGACCAUAGCAACACUUAUAUCAAGACAGAAUUAGAUAAUAUUAAAAUUGAGGAUAAUAGCUAUUAUUCCGUAAAAAGUGAAGAAGAUACAGAGGAUGAUGUGCCACUGUGGGCUCGUGCUGGAAAGACUCCUCUUUCAGGGAUGGCUUCACGCGCUUCUCCAGCUAUAAAGCGUAAGGUCGAGGACUCUGAAGAUGAUAUGCCACUUUCAGCUCGCAAAAAGGUUAAAAAAGAAAAAAAGAAACGAGAAGCUGAAAGUGAAGAGGAGGAAGACUUCAAACCAAAGAAAAAGAAAAAGGUGAAAGAACCGAAAGUUAAAACAGAAGACAAGCUUCCUGAGUCUCCAAGAAAAAAGAAAAAGGAGGAAGAGCAACAAGAGGUCUGGAAAUGGUGGGAAGAGGAAAAGCAUACGGAUGGCAGGAAGUGGACAUUUCUGGAACACAAAGGACCUGUAUUUGCGCCACCAUAUGAAAGGUUGCCACCUGAUGUUAAAUUUUACUAUGAUGGUGAAGAAAUGGCGCUCUCUGAGGAAGCAGAAGAGGUUGCUACAUUCUAUGCUCGUAUGUUAGACCAUGACUAUACUACCAAAGAAGUAUUCAACAAGAACUUUUUCAAAGACUGGCGUAAGGUAAUGACAGAAAAGGAAAGGGCAAAGAUAACAGAUUUAUCAAAAUGCAAUUUUAAGCACAUGCAUGCUUAUUUUGUUGCAAAAUCUGAGGAAAGAAAAAAUAUGAGCAAGGAAGAGAAAAAGAAAAUUAAAGAACAGAAUGAAGAGAUUACAAAGAUUUAUGGUUUCUGUGUAUGUGAUGGACAUAAGGAAAAGAUAGGAAAUUUUAAAAUUGAGCCUCCAGGGCUUUUCAGAGGACGGGGUGAGCAUCCAAAAAUGGGUAUGCUUAAAAGGAGAGUAAUGCCUGAAGAUGUAAUUAUUAACUGCAGUAAGGAUGCUGUUGUGCCAAAGCCUCCAGAGGGUCACAAAUGGAAGGAAGUAAGACACGACAACAAUGUUACAUGGCUCGCAAGUUGGACUGAAAAUGUACAAGGACAAGUGAAAUACAUCAUGCUGAACCCAUCUUCAAAAUUGAAAGGUGAAAAAGAUUGGCAGAAAUAUGAGACAGCCCGAAAGCUUGCAAAAAGUAUUGAGAAGAUUCGGGCAGAAUAUCGCGAAGACUGGAAAUCAAAGGAAAUGCGUAUCAGACAAAGAGCUGUUGCUUUAUAUUUCAUUGAUAAGCUGGCACUUAGGGCUGGUAACGAGAAGGAUGAAGAUCAAGCAGACACAGUCGGUUGCUGUUCACUACGUGUUGAACACAUAUCUUUACAUGAAGAGAAGGAUGGGAAGGAAUGUGUGGUAGUAUUUGAUUUCCUCGGUAAGGAUUCCAUAAGAUAUUACAAUGAAGUGUCUGUUGAGAAACGAGUAUUUAAGAAUUUGCAACUCUUCAUGGAAAACAAAUCCACUGGGGAUGAUUUGUUUGAUAGACUUAACACUUCAAUAUUGAACAAACAUCUGAAUGAGCUGAUGGAAGGAUUGACUGCCAAAGUUUUCCGAACAUACAAUGCUUCUAUCACAUUGCAAGAACAGCUUAAACAGUUGACUAAUCCUGACUUCACAGUUGCUGAAAAGAUUUUGGCAUACAACCGCGCAAACCGUGCAGUGGCAAUACUUUGUAACCAUCAAAGAUCUGUUCCAAAAACACAUGCUAAAAGUAUGGAGAAUCUGAAGAACAAAAUUGAAGCCAAAAAGGAACAAUUGGAGGAAGCAGAAAGGCAAUAUAAGCAGGCAAAAAGAGAGUACAAAAAUUUUGAAUCUGCCAAAAACAAGAUAGACAUGGAUAAGAGGAAAAAAGCUCUAGACAGAAUUAAAGAACAGUUGUCCAAGUUAGAAGUUCAGGCAACAGACAAGGAAGAAAAUAAGGAAAUUGCUUUGGGAACAUCCAAGCUUAAUUAUCUUGAUCCGCGUAUAAGUGUGGCAUGGUGCAAAAAGUUUGGUGUUCCUAUUGAGAAGAUAUACAACAGAACACAGCGUGACAAGUUUCGUUGGGCUAUUGAUAUGGCUGGACCUGACUACGUGUUUUAAUGACAAUCCUAUUAGUUUUAUUGGCAAGUGUGAAGAUCGUAUUGUGUGUGAACUUGAGAUGGGGCCAUCAAAAUUAGUUAAGACCUUGUGUGCAAAAAGGUACCAGAAGAAUCUUAUUUAAGUUUUAAUAUGUUCAUGAAAUAGACAAUAAACACUUCAAGCAGUGUUUGCUGCUGGUUUUAUUGUGUUAGGUAAAUUACAAUGGUGAUUCUGAUGAAACAAGACUGUAUGCAAAACACAAAAGUUUUGUAUAGUGUGUGGGUACUAAAAGCAUCAGUAACUAGAGUACAUAUUUUAAAUUGAAUAUAUUGAUGUUGUCUAUUGUAUUAAAUUGUGUUAUGAAAUCUAUAUUUUUUAAUUUUGAGUAAAUUUUCUUAUUGUUGACAUGCAAGUGAACAUUCCUCCACAGCAUGAAAUGCAUACGUGUGGAGUAGUAAUAGCUGUGCAUGUUGAGUUUCAAGCAUGUUAUUUUGGUACAACUGUUUUAAAAGCUUUGUGAUAAGUUUUAAUUUGCUGUGUGACAUGGAAAAACAAGAUGCAAUAUGUAAAUACAAACUAUAUAUAACACUUAAAGUUUGCUCAUCAGUAAACACUUCCUUUGAUGGUAGGCAGUGAAAUUAUUUACGAUUAAGUCCAAGAGAAAGUUUUGUUUAACGUGAACAUUUGUGUGAUAAUGGCAAAGAAAGAAAGAUGAUUCUAUUGCAGAUAUUUCAUUAGUUUUCUGUUGGAGUGUGAGUCAUUUACAAAGGUGUUAUAUAAAGACAGUGAAAUUGUUAUGCAAUUAGAGAAAGUAUGUGAUGUGACCAUUUUAUGACAAAGAUUUAUACAGCACCUGUAAAUUUACUGAGAAUAUUCUUGUAUAUUACAAGGUUCCAGUGACUUUUCACA